AUCCUGGGGCUAUCCUGGCCCGGAUACAGAAGGCUUAGGCUUGCUGUCAGCAUGUCCUGCCUCCUUCAUUCGCUGGAGUCGAGUUCUCGUGGCCCCCUGGUCCCGGUCCAGCUCAGCCUCUCGGAGCCCAAUUACGAAGCGCUUUUUCAACCGCCCAGCACCGUUGGCCUCCGCAACUGCGGCCGAUCAAACCAAUCUGGCACCGUCGUGUAG